AUCGUUGGAAGAUGUGGAUUAAUUGCGAUUUGAAUUAGAGGUGGUGUGGCUGGCACAGUAAAAAGGGUUUGGUUCUGCAUUCCAAAUUCCAAUCGCAGAAGAAGAAGAAGAACAAAAACGAUGGUGAAAGCUAUCCAACUUCAGAUAUAUGGAUUAGUUAGUCAGCGAUGGAAUUUCAAACCUCGCACAUCCAUUUCACUCUCCUCAUUCUCCUCAAUAUCAUACCCUAACCCUUUUUCCAAACUGCUUCCCACCAAUACCCUCUCUCGCAGGGUUCGAUUCGCACCGUUUCAUGCUUCCUCAUCACCGCUGCAUUCUGCUGGGAACGUUCGCAACAUCAAGUUCUGUCAGUGGUGUGGUGGUUCAACCAAGCAUGAUAUUCCCCAUGGAGAAGAAAAGUUGAGAGCUAUAUGUACUGUUUGUGGGAAGAUUGCUUAUCAGAAUCCGAAAAUGGUAGUUGGCUGCCUCAUUGAACAUGAUAACAAGGUCCUUCUUUGCAAGAGGAGUAUUCAACCGUCUCAUGGCCUUUGGACCCUUCCUGCUGGUUAUUUGGAAAUUGGAGAGUCAGCUGUGGAAGGUGCCAUCAGGGAAACAAGGGAAGAAGCAAAUGCAGAUGUAGAAGUAAUUUCUCCCUUUGCCCAAUUGGAUAUUCCUUUAAUUGGCCAAACUUAUCUGAUAUUCUUAGCAAAGCUGAAGAAGCCCCAUUUUUCACCUGGUCCGGAAUCAUUAGAAUGUCAACUUUUUCCACUUGAUGAUAUACCUUUUAAUUCUCUAUCCUUUUCAUCAAUGGUGGUUACCUUGAGUUUGUAUGUUGAGGAUAUUAAGGCUGGAAAGCUCAAAUUCCAUUAUGGAACCAUUAACAAAAGGCCGGGUACAAGUCCUUCGGAUAUUCGUGCCUAUACAUUGGAUCAUCAUAUGCACUGUUGAAUCGUGAUAAGCAGUGGAGUAUGAAGAUUGUAAGUAAAAGAAUUUAUCGUCGGCCAGCCAGAUCAUUGCUUUAUCUUCUGCGAGAACUUUCAAGCACUAUUGGCUUAAAUUCACCGUUGUCACAAGUUAGAUUAACAGUGUUGCGAUUCGAGAAGGACAUGUUAGAUAACCAUAAUGAUCACUGAAUUUCUCAAUUGCUCGUGUGGACGUUUAACACAGCACAUUGGUAGGUUAGUUGCUGUCCUGGGUUGAAGAUUGAGACUUGUUUAGCGACCUCCAUUGAAAUUGUAAACAUACACAUUAAUUCAUAUAAAUGAAAUUCAUUU